AUUAUGCCGGAAUUAUUCCGUUUUACCCUUCGGGAUUCAUUUCUAAUUUAUGCACACCUCGGCUUGCUUGCUUCCAGCAUGCGCUGCCGUGUUUCUUGACCUGCUUAGCAACUACUCUUUCUUGUAUCCCCGAAGAUAACUGUUUCAUUUGCAGCGGACACUCCGAGAGUUGAGUUGAUACUAGAGUCAGAUAUCGACGAGGUACGUUGGGUAGUCUUUGGUAUUUCACAGGGCUAACAAUACGUGUUCUCUUUAGAUUGGGCUUUAUCGUCCUCCCAGAUGUCAACUCUGAAUACAGAAUCGAGUUCGAGCGCAACUUUUUCCUCUUCGUUCGACACAAUCACCACGUCCUCCUCCUCCUCUAGUUCUGCUUCGCGUUCCACUUCGAUUGGUAUGCCUCUUUGACCUUUUCCUGAUUCCGUCUCAUGAAAUGGUCGCUGCUAAUCCAGUCGUAUUUCCGAGCACCGUCUAUACUACCACAAUUGCUACUGCAACGAAUGUCGGCUCUUCUGGGACAACCAAAUCGCAUCUGUCACCGGGAACCAUCGCAGGCCUAGUUAUCGGAGGUUUGUUCGCUGGAUUUGUGGCUGGAGGGUGUAUCGUGUUUCUAGCAAUCCUCAUUCAACGACGGCUGCGGCGAAGAAGGUCCGUUGUGAGAACGCAACCCGAAGAACGCCUCAUGCAUUUAGAGAGAAUGCGUGGAGAAAUGGCUCCUCCGUUACGGGAAGGUUCCACGAUACAAAGCCUUCCUCCGUCCAGGAAUAUCCGGGUGUUAAAUUGGUUGGCGCGUACUCGUAAUGCUGGGCCUCCUAGUGUAACACAGCACACUAUGAGUGAAAGAAGUACAGGCGAUCAUCGCAGUGCGACAUCCGUCCCGCUUCCAGUUUCGGUAUCGGAUUCCACUAGUCAAAGUCAUUAUUCUCAACCUAGUCUCGACCCGCACAGAUCCGAGCCUCAGAGAAGCUCUUCUACAGUGGUGCGUCCCACAAAAUCGGAUUCUCGGUCAGAACACGUAAAUGCAACGAACGAUGGACUAGACGGACGAUGAUCAUGAUCUAUCUUUUUAUUUACAGUAUCAUAUAUACUAAUUCGACAACGCACGGACUUUAUCAGUUAUGCUCAGUUAUGUCAAGAAAUGUAUCGCUACUUUAUCAAACUAUAUGCAUGUACGGCGGCGUUUCUUUCAAAUUCAAGCAUGGGUUUGGACCAGGACCGUUCAGCGGAUGAAUGAGGAACUAUGAGGAAAUCAUCGUUCAACGUUCGUUCAGUUCUCGCAGUGUAAUAAAAUUUCCUUUCCCUCUUUGCGCGUGGGAUUACGUCGACAUCAGUCUGUGACGAAUUUAUCGUUGCAUCGCUGGCAUUUC